AUGAGUUUUAUUUUAUUCCGUUUUCAGUCAGCUAUCAGCGUAGAGGUAACAGGUGGUACGGACCGACCGUUCACGAUCACGUAUAAGCCAUAUAGCGCAGGCGAUUCACCUGUACGCAUCGACAAUUUGUGUGAAGAUCUUUUCCUGAAGUUACAUCAGAUGAAUUCGGGGCAAGUGGCGUUACUCAGUCCCUACCAAUCAAUGUUGUACACUUGGGAUGAUCCCCUAAAGGAUAGAAAUCUAAUUUGGAACAUUUACAAUAACAAGGGUAAAGGAUUCACUGCUGAUUUCUCGCAAGAUGGUUACGGCGAAGAGAAAGUUUGUUUUCACACUGUGAAACAGUCAACACAUGUCGUCACUAGUAGUGUGACAUCUAAGCUUUCUUCCACUUUUAAACGACUUACUCCCAAAUCACCUGAACUAUGCACCUCCAGCAGUGACGACUCCGAUAUGUCCGAUCCACCGGAACAUAUACAUAAGACCAAGAAAAUGAGGAAAGAUAAGGUGGUCGUGUACUGGAUAUCUUAUAUGGACGGUUAUCAAAGAGUUUUUGUAUUAGCCCAAGAUGAACGUAUCGCGUAUCAAUACAGAAUGAGCAUAUACGCUGAAAGAAGCAAUUACGAAGUAUUCUUGGCCUUGUCCAGCGUCAGUCUUUCUAUUUGCGUUCCGACUGAUAACAAAGUAAAGGAAUUGUCCUAUAUCAGUAUAUCGGAUUCACUUCCACGCUGGGAAGUCAACGUUAGCAAUAAAUGGAAACAGUUAGCUCCAGACCUCACAGCUUGGAUAGAAGAGAAAUACCAAACUGAGCAAAAGAAAUGUCAACUCAAGGAAUAUCUCCACAUAGAUUUAGAGAAGAUGCAAAUGACGAAACCAUUCUUUUCUGAACUACGAAGAACGUAUAACCCUGGAGUCUGGUUACAGUUGCGCAAGUCAGAAACCUACACCUACUGUCAUAUGAAACUCCAAAGGCUGCAAAUAGAUAAUCAGUUGCACGAAGCAGUGUUCCCAAGUGUCUUAUACCCUGCUACAUUGCCAGCCCAUUUAAAAUCAAAGAGAGAUAAACCGUGUAUAGAAGUUCAGCUACUAAAACAGUAUCGGCCGUCAUUGAACCAUGACAUCUACAAAAACUUGAAAGUUGUGAUACAAGAGUAUUGUGUUAAUUUAGAUAGAGGCUUCGUGAACCACGCUUUUGAUAUACUGAAUCACUGGAAGGUGGAUGAAAAGCCAGCGGUGAGGUUAAGGGCCGACUUGGCGCUCGUUCAUAUGCCUCUACCGAUCAUAGCCGUGAAGGGACAGACAAAUGCUCAAAGGAGUGUUAUUUUCGAGUUUGUACAUUUAUCACCGAUCAAAUUGGUCCUUAGUUUGUCAUCUAGAGGGUACACGGGUGAUGAAGGUAGUCCCAGUAAAAGAUUUGGGGCUCAGAAGGAAAACAGACCGAAGUUGUUUAACAGCGAUUUAUUGGAGUUUUUGUUUAAUUCCUGGGGAUCAUCUUUGUGUGACAUGAAAGAUGUCGUUUUAAGAAUGAGCUACCUAGAGCUAAGAAAUGCUCCAAUAACAAUACCAGCAUUACUGGAUGCCGCAUCACGUCACUACUGGCAGCAGCUAGUCCAGCAGUUCUACGUACUUGUCUUAGGACUGAACAUCCUUGGAAAUCCUUACAGCUACAUUGGGGACUUUACUAAGGCUUUGAAAUACUUUUAUGAGCCGUAUAUGGGUUCUUGUUCUCGUCGGAUGUCUGCCACAUCUCAAGCUGUGCUAAGCGGCGCUACUCGACUGCUAGCAGCAGAGUCACCCCCCCUCGCUACGCCCUAUAAGUCCAUCAAAACGACGCUAGGCAGCAAAGAAAUUAUAGAUGACCUGCCGAGCUCUGUGCUAGAAGCCAACAAAACUAACCCUGCGAGUAUUGCACUUGCCGUUACUGGAGUUAUUGCAAGACCUACGCUGGAUGAAGAUAGUACUAUUAUACGAUACAUAUGCCGAGAAGUAUCUCGUGUGGCCUUGCACCGAACGGGCGUCGACAGUGCUGAAGCGGCGUUGCGAGCGUGCGCGGAGAGAUCCGGUGGCAGGCUCGUUGCCCGUCGAAGGCUUCCCCGAGAUUGCUCUACCCUGGAGGGUAUUAGACCAUAUAGCCCAUCAGCAGCCCGCGGUGCCGCCCUCUUGGCACAAUUGUCCCGUGGUCAUUACGCAGAAACGGACGUGUACGUGGCGCACGCACAUCUCUCGCCGACAUCGCUCGCUACCGUGCUCGUUACUACGCAACACAUAUUCCUGGUCCGGCUGAGUAGUGGCAGAAACUCAUGGAUAGUUGAAUGGGUCGUGAAAUUAGAAGAAUUAAUCGGCGUACCCAUACUAAGAGACAAUAAACUUAUUCUCAAUAUUAAACAGGACGAGCUCGUAAGUUAUUUCUCAACUGAUGAAAAAGUUAUAGAAAUGCAUAACCCUGAAGCAUUGACCUGGCUCCGUAGCAAAAUUGAGUGCGCGCUCAUACAAGCCCUGGAAGACAAGCGCUACAAUAGUGAAUAA